AUGCGGUUACAGGAGUACUCGGUUGUUUUCAUCUUAUUGGCCAUUGUGAGUUUUGUGAGCACAAGGUCCUUGGAAGGAUAUGUGAGAAAUGAAAAAACCAGAGCGGCUUAUCGGAUCGUACUCCGUUCCAAGCCGUGGCCAGUUGCGAGAGACAUCUGCGAUGAGGAAGGAGCUAAACUGGCUGUACCGAGGUCUGAGGAGGAGUUCCAAUUCAUCCAGAAGCUGGUGCGCGGAAUGCACUACCCGGCGAUAACCGACACCUCGGAGAGGCUGGUGGUGUGGCUUGGCAUCAGCAACGUUGACAACCACAAGAUCUGGACCAGCGUCGACGGUGAAGACAUAAGGGACACCGGUUUCAAUAGAUGGGCAGGAGAGAACGGCCAACCAAUAAGUGACGCCCCGGACGAACCGCACUGCGCUGCCCUGGACGCCGUCAACCCUGGGCUCAGGGACUGGUGGUGCCACCACAGCCAACCCUUAAGAAUGAAUCUUAUAAGAAGAGGGAUAACUCUUUUAACUUCUGGAAUCAAGGCACAAUUUACUCAAAUUCCAGCAAUACAGCAGAUGCACCAACCGCUCGCCCAAAGCCCGCAGGCCCCGAUGGGCCUGGUGGCGCGAGCGAUGGCCUCCCUCGCCCAGAUGCACAGGUCCGGGCCCCAUAUGAAGAAGAGGAAGUCGAGGAACCCCCUGAACGGCAAUCCCUUCGCUAAGGGCGUGGUGUUGAAGACCCUGAUCAAGAAGCCUAAGAAGCCUAACUCGGCGAACCGCAAGUGCGUGCUCGUCCGUCUGUCCAACGGCCGCGAGAUGGUGGCCUACGUGCCGGGCAUCGGCCACAACCUCCAAGAGCACAACAUCGUGCUGGUGAGGGUCGGCAGACUAAAAGACUGUCCUGGAGUGAAGCUAAAAUGCGUGCGCGGGAAAUACGAUUUAUCCCACGUCAUUAAGCAAAAAGUC